AUGGCUCAACUCGACACUCUCGAUGUGGUCGUCCUCGCGGUGCUCCUGGCUGGUAGCGUUGCCUACUUCACCAAGGGCACGUUCUGGGCCGUCGCCAAAGAUCCUUAUGCCUCCUCCGGAUCAGCCAUGAACGGCGCGGCAAAGGCCGGAAAGUCUAGAGACAUCGUUGAGAAGAUGGACGAAACUGGCAAGAACUGUGUUAUUUUCUACGGAUCUCAAACUGGAACAGCGGAGGACUACGCCUCGAGGCUGGCGAAAGAAGGAUCUCAACGGUUCGGUCUCAAGACUAUGGUGGCUGAUCUCGAAGAGUACGACUACGAGAACUUGGACAAAUUCCCGGACGACAAGGUUGCGUUUUUCGUUUUGGCCACCUAUGGAGAGGGUGAGCCUACCGAUAACGCUGUCGAAUUCUACCAGUUCCUCACCGGCGAAGACGUGAGCUUUGAAGGUGGCGGUUCCGCCGAGGACCAGCCACUGUCGGCCCUCAAGUAUGUCGUUUUCGGUCUGGGUAACAACACAUAUGAACACUACAACGCCAUGGUUCGUCAGGUUGACACUGCUUUCACGAAGCUCGGUGCUCAACGUAUUGGGUCUGCUGGUGAGGGUGACGAUGGUGCCGGUACAAUGGAAGAAGACUUUUUGGCAUGGAAGGAACCCAUGUGGGCUGCGCUCUCUGAGUCUAUGGGCCUGCAGGAGCGCGAUGCCUCCUACGAGCCGGUUUUCAACGUUACCGAAGAUGACUCUUUGACCCCAGAGGACACCUCCGUUUACCUCGGUGAACCUACCAAGGGACAUCUUGACGGUGAAGCAAAGGGCCCCUUUUCUGCGCACAACCCCUACGUCGCACCUAUUGUCGAGUCUCGCGAGCUGUUUACUGUCAAGGACCGCAACUGCUUGCAUAUGGAAAUCAGUAUUGCUGGAAGCGGCCUCUCGUACCAGACUGGUGACCACAUUGCGGUGUGGCCCACUAACGCAGGUGCCGAAGUGGAUCGAUUCCUUAACGUAUUCGGUCUCGAGGAGAAGCGCGACUCGGUUAUUAGUAUCAAGGGCAUUGAUGUUACCGCAAAGGUCCCUAUCCCGACCCCUACUACAUAUGAUGCCGCCGUUCGUUACUACAUGGAAGUCUGUGCUCCGGUUUCUCGUCAAUUCGUCGCGACCCUCGGUGCCUUCGCCCCUGAUGAGGAGAGCAAGGCGGAAAUUGUGCGUCUCGGUGGUGAUAAGGAUUACUUCCACGAGAAGAUCACCAACAAGUGUUUCAACAUCGCCCAGGCCUUGCAGAGCAUUACCUCCAAGCCCUUCACCAACGUUCCGUUCUCCCUGCUCAUUGAGGGUCUUAACAAGAUCCAGCCCCGUUACUACUCGAUCUCCUCCUCGUCCCUUGUCCAGAAGGACAAGAUCAGUAUUACUGCUGUUGUGGAGUCUGUGCGUUUGCCCGGUGCUACCCAUGUCGUCAAGGGUGUCACCACGAACUACCUCUUUGCUCUGAAGCAGAAGCAAAAUGGUGACCCAUCGCCUGAUCCCCACGGUCAGACUUACGCCAUCACCGGUCCACGCAACAAGUACGAUGGAAUCCAUGUCCCAGUUCACGUCCGUCACUCCAACUUCAAGCUGCCUUCUGAUCCCUCGAGACCCAUUAUUAUGAUUGGUCCCGGCACUGGUGUCGCUCCUUUCCGUGGGUUCAUUCAGGAACGUGCUGCUUUGGCUGCUAGGGGCGAGAAGGUUGGCCCUGCUGUUCUGUUCUUUGGCUGCCGCAACCGUGAUGAGGAUUUCCUCUAUCAGGAUGAAUGGAAGACUUUCCAGGACCAGCUUGGUGACAACUUGAAGUUCAUCACUGCAUUCUCCCGUGAAUCAUCGAAGAAGGUUUAUGUCCAGCACAGACUCCGCGAACAUGCUGAGCUUGUCAGCGACCUGCUCAAGCAAAAGGCGACGUUCUACGUUUGCGGCGAUGCUGCGAACAUGGCUCGUGAGGUCAACCUUGUGCUUGGUCAAAUCAUUGCGAACCAGCGUGGUCUUCCUGCUGAGAAGGGAGAGGAGAUGGUGAAGCAUAUGCGGAGUAGUGGUAGUUACCAAGAGGACGUCUGGUCAUGA